AUGGUGCAGAGUCACAACGCCUCGGCAAACACCACGGCGUUGGACUCCAAUCCGCUGAUGAACGGACUGCUGGCAAUCGUAAAGAACGAGCACGAGCAACUUUUGGAGUGUGACAAAGCGAUGAUGACCGUCAAGAAAGAAGAGGGCGCCAGCUCGCCGAUGAGUGCCAUGGCGAGGCCGAUGAGCGCCAGUCCCACUGUCGACUUCAGUGUAAAAAGGGAGUCGGUCGGAGAGGACGAGUGCGGCAUCGAUGUGAUGACUGUGAUCGGUAUGGGACCGUCCGAAUCGCCAUCAUCCUCCGGAACGGCUUCAUCGGUCAGCGAAGACGGGCCCAUCUUCAACAUUGAG